GUGGUACUGAAGCUUCCGGGCUGGGCGAAUGGCGGUUGUUGGUUGUUCCCAUGGCUGUAUUAAAUAUUUUCAGGUGUAAAUAGACGCGAAGCGCGACUUCUCCAAACCUUGUGGCGAACUCCCAACUACAUUUUAAAUAACAUUUCACCAGCUAACAGAACACUGAACGCAACGCAGCCAACAGGUUGUAAUAAUCCUCUAAGAACCGCUACACGAAAAGCUCAAUCACGAUUCUCACGACUCCUUAUUUCCUUUAAGAGAAAUGACAACAAUUGCGUGCGCUUAGCCAUCGACCCAGCUACCCAGUGCGAUUCUUUUCACGCAGAUAUCUUGCAGAGGGUCUUAUCCUAAGCUCUCCUCUUUCCAGCUGGCAAACAAGGGGGACAAAGAAUGUCGAGCCUUUCGUUCGACCCUGUUGUCCGACAGAGAGAUAAUGGAUGGCAGCUAAGUUACCAGCUGCCGCAUCGAGUCUACGAUACGAAAACCUAUCCUAUACAAUCUUCUAAUGGCUCUACUAUAAUAAUAUAUGGCCACGACCUUGGAAUUCGGAUCUUGUGGAGAGGUGGAAGAGCUUUUAAAUCACAGCAGCCUCAGGCAGAGGAGCAAAAACAACCAAAGCCGAACGGAAGGUCAAACGAGGACGUUAUCAUGAUAAUUGACUCAGAUGAAGAAACACCUGCCCCAGAAGCUAAAAAAGAUAAUACACAAUCUGUGGAAUUCGAAGCCGAAGAGGACGAGAUCGAUCCCUCGCGCCCAUUUCAUGAUAUACUGCGCCAUAUUGAUAUCCAACUCGGAGGGAAAGUGCUAGGGCUGGCGGUCCCGACCUUUUCUUCAGAACAGCUCCGAUCAACACUAGAGUCGUAUCCACAGAUAUUCUCUAAUGUUGCGGUUUUUGCAGCUGCUUGCGCUGAUUGUUCUAUCCGACUUCUCACCAUACCCCUGACACCUCCUUCAAACCCUGAAGAUAGUUCAACGUGGGGGCUUCAAACCGUUACACUGAGCGCUGGAUCCAUUCAGGCCAUUCCAGUAGGAGUUGCCAUCACUGUCACUGCGCGAAAGCCGGGCAACACUGGUAAUCGAUACAGAUCUCAGAGCCGAACCCACGGCACUAAGGACUUCCCCGAUUCCGGAUCUGAUAACGCUUGGGAUAUUCUAGUAGCUAUAAAUUCCGCAGAAGGAUCUGGCACUCUUUCGAUCCAUCGGGUUCCUAUCACUUACCAGCCUGACCAGCCCAAAGAUUCCCUGAUUCUACCACCAGAGCCUGCUCUCCCAAUACAGCACCUGCUACUACCGUUUCCAGCAAAAUCUAUUUCAUUCAAUCCUUCCCAAUAUCCCUCAGAUUGCCACUCGCAUCUUCUUGUAUCGUUCUCCAGCGGCAGCGUUAAAAUUUAUUCUUGCCUGGCGUCACCAUCUCGAAAAACCCCUCCUGACAGGCGUGGGCUGUCCAGUGACACCGACCCCAAAGAAGCCGAUGGCGCAUGGUUAAUUACUCUUUCUCCAGAGUUCUGCCAGAAUUCCAUAGGCAUUCCCCGACGAAAACCUGUAGUGGAUGCAGCAUGGGUCCUUGGGGGCAAGGCUGUAAUGGUCCUUCUAUCAGAUGGAUCGUGGGGUAUCUGGGAUCCAGAGGGAGCAGGCCCUGGGAGCAAAAAUUAUACGAGUACUUCGCACGAUCAAAAUACGUCGUUCACUAGAGGCGGUUCAGUGACAUCGUUUGCGGUCUCUGGCUUUAUAUCCGGACCUGUACCGACCUCAAAGCCACCUAUAUCGGGAGCAGUCACAGACACUCGAUCCAGUUUUGCACCUAUGACUCCAUCAACCCGUCGUCUCAGAGAAGACACUCUCUUCAAGGGUUCUCCAACUAACACCACAUCAGCAUCCUCAACCAGAGGUGGUAUUUCGGUAACUAUGACCAACAUUUCAAAGGACGGACUUCCUGAUGAAUCGAUUCUCAUCUGGCAUGGUGGUCAAAAUAUACGGAUUCCCAGUUUACUAUCUCUGUGGCGAAACAGCGCCAAACCCACUGGUCCAUUCAAUCCUUCAAGUCGCUACAGACCAAUUCCAAUUGACAAUCUCAACCUCCUCGGAGAAACUCAAAAUGGAAUCACUCAGCUGGUCAAUAUUUCAUCCUCGGCCGAUAAAGGGGGCAACAAACCUUUAAUCCCUGAUGUUUUGAUAACGGCCGAGCAUCAACUCAUCAUACUGACACCGAAACCAUCAGCACCGGGACCAGCGGAAUCUGAAUCCGCCUUCCAAAAGGUCCUGAACGAUUCAGUUGAAGGUGACCAAUUUAUGCUAAGGAAGGGAGAGUUGGAUCUCGAGGGCAUGGACAGGGUUUUAUCUGGUAUGGCAGGAACCAGACGGCCAAUCGACGCGUUUCGGAGCCCACAAAAGAAGGGAAUAUUCUCCUAGGCAUGUCUGCUCUUAUAGAUGCCCCAUGGUCUAUCUGCCUUCAACCCUUUGUCUCGGUUCCCCUUCACUCUGUCGUCAACACCGAAUCCAACGAAUGUCUUCAUAGUCUAUGAAACCGAGAACCCAAACCAAAUAGCUCCUGUUUAGAGCCCAAAUACCUGUGCGAAAGAAAUACAGUUAAUAAUUUUUUUU